AUGUGCUUUAGUCGGGUCGGACCAUUUUCAGAUGUCAAUGAGUCAAUCAAACUAACCGGCUGGACCGUUCUAUUAUUCUCUCCGUUUAAUCACAGACACCAAUUUUUCCGUCAUCGUUCACUGUCUCUCUCCCUGUGUUCAUCAUAUGAGCUUCCAUCCUCCAUAGCAAUUUACAGACUGUAUUGCUUUUUGUCGAAGGAUCAAUAA